AUGCAUAAACGUUUUAAACGGAACGAACGAACGACCGAACGACCGAAAGUGCCCAUGUAUGAGAUUGCUAUCGGUGUACCGGAGAUGUCUGCUAGGCACUCCGGUGCCAACAUCGCAGCUCAGGUUCUCGAGGUAAUCGACGAGCACGGAAUUCGGGAUAAGAUUGACGAUAUCGGGAAGAAUCUUGGCUUUGACGGCAGGAGGAGGCGAGGUCGUUGUUUCGGCCAUAUUCUGAAUCUCUCCGCCAAAGCACUAAUGUUUGGAAAGAGCGUACAUGCUUUUGAGAAGCGGCUGAGGGGUGAGGCUAUGUUGACCGAAACCGAAUACGAGCUCUGGCAGAAGCGUGGUCCAGUUGGAAAGAUUCACAUUAUCGUGACUGAGAUCCAUCGCUCAGACCGGUUGACGUACAUGCUUCGAGACCUUCAACUAGACGACAUUAACAAGGCAUCGGGUCCGAAAAUACGAGCGAGGAAGCCUUUGUCCGUUAUCGUCGAUAAUGAUACACGUUGGCUUUCGCAACUGUAUAUGAUUCGCCGUGCGCUUCAACUACGCCCGGGGAGAAGCCAAAACGCUCCGUCACUGGCAGGAAGCCACUGGCAAUGCCACAUCUGCCGCCCAGAGCUUGAGGUGACAAGCAGCGACUGGGACGUUCUCGAACACAUGGUCACAAUCUUAGGCCAUUACGAAAAUACCGUCAAGACACUUGAAGGAGAUGGCAUCACCAGGAAGCGCAAGAAGGGAUAUUGUGGGUCCUAUGGUAAUAUCUGGGACGUAAUUCAUGGUUUUGAGUAUCUUCUCGAGAUUCUUGAGUACUACAAAUCAGUGGCAGGGGACUUUUCAGAGCCUGAGCAUUUUAAAGUUGGCAUAAAUAUGGCCUGGGAGAAGCUGGAGAAGUAUUACUCCAAACUUAACGAGACCCCAAUUUACUAUGCCGCUCUCGCUUUUCACUCAGCGUACCGGUGGAACUGGUUCAUGGACCAUUGGGCAGAACGAGCGGAAUGGAUUGAGGAGGCAAAAGGUAUGGUUCAAGAGGUGCGGGUAAACAGCUACAGCGAUCUUGAUAUCGUGAGGAGUACGGACAAGGACGGGCCUGUGGUGAAACGUCAGAAGCGAUAUUACAACGCGUUCGAGGAUCAUUGCUUCAAGGCUCGCCAGAAACCUACGGCAAAUAGUGGCAUCAUGGGACCGUUCAAUGACGAGGUUAUAUUAGAUAAUACUACCUCUAUUAAUUAA